UAAGUACGUUAUAAAAUAAUACUUUAAUUAGUAAACUAUAUAAAAAUGCGGGGUAUUGCAGUCAAAGCCUCCUCGAACAAGAGUUGUCAUUAAAUGACCUCCCACUAAGGUUUUCAUGUGGUUCAUUUUGGUGAACCGACCAAUGUUGUUUUUCAGGUUUGUGUUCCACUUCAAAUUAACGAGCUCUUUCCAUUUUGAUUGACCUUUUUAGUGCUGACGAUGAUCCUAUUUCCCAUAUUCGUAUCCCUUCAUCUUCAUUUUCUACUUAUGCUUUACCCUCUCUUUGCUUGAAGUUUGCCAUGGUGGAUUUCGUAGAUGAGAUGAACAAAGGUUAUUUUAUUUUUUCUUUUUGUUUCUCACGUAAUUUUAGUUUAUCUUACGUAAUUUUAGUUUUUUGACAUUUUUGUCCUUUUCAUAAUUUCACCCAAAUCGCAAUUUUACAUCCUGAAAAAUGUUCCGCUCGCAUGGAUCAUUAUACACCAAAAACAUUUUAUAUUACAUGAAACAAAUUAUACAAAAUCAUUUACGUAAGAUAAAUUAACAAAUUACGUGAGAUUAUUAAUAUUUUAUUAUAUUUUUUUUAUAAUUCUAUUAUUAGGAAAGAAAACCAUGAACUCAAGAAGUUCCAUCCUGAAUCAUCGUUUUGGAUGUAUUUAACAACUUAAAGAUAUAAGAAAGCAAUAGAAACAUGAACACCAUGAAGGCAUGAAAACCUAACCCUUGGCCUUGUUUGGCAAAUGGUGGUUGGCCGUUGACGGUUGGCUGGUUCACUUGGCUUGUUUGACCAACUGGAAUGUUUAGCUGUUUAUAAUGACUUUUGAAAUUGACUAUUUAAACUAGUUGUUUAUAAAAGUGUUUAAUAAAUUUAGUUGGUGGCUAAUGGCUGUUUAUUAGAUAAUUUGUGGGCCAAUAAGCCAAAAGCCAACAAAAAAAGCUACUCAUAACAGCUUUUUUAUUUUGGCUUAAAAGCCAGUUUUUUUGCUGAAUGAAAAGUCAAUUACCAAAUAUUUUUUUGGCUGUUUGACCACAUAAAAAAGCCAAAAGCCAAAAGCUGACCAAAAAGCCAUUUACCAAACAUGGCCCUUGUCCUACUGUGGCAACACAAUAGCUUACUCCCGGCCUAGCUAAAGAAAAGUCCCGAUAGCCCUUAAAAGGGAGUAGACCACCAUGCUAUGUUGAUUGAUAUGAGUAGACUUGGAAAUCUUGACCCAACCCGAACGACCAGACCCGAAUGACCCGACCCGUGAUCCGAAAUUGACCCAAAAACGUAAACGUAAACCCGAACACGAAACAGACCCAACCCGACCCAUGCCCGACCCAAAGUGGAGUUGACCCAAAUUUGACCCGAUACCCGAAUUGACCCGACCCGAAUUAACGCAACCCCAAGUUAACUCGAUACCCGAAUUGGCCCGAUACCCGAAGCGACCCGACACGAUCUUGACCUAAAUUGAUUGAAUCGAACGGACUUAAAACCCGAAACGACCCGAACUAUACCCGAAAUGACCCAACCCAAAAUUAACUAAUACUCAAAAUGACCUAACUGAUUUAGGGCGUAAUUACUUUACCCGAAUAAACACUUAUAAAAAAUAACCUAAAAUUAUAUUCUUGUGUGUAUAGUGCUGUUGGAAUGUGCGUGUAAUUUACGUAAUUCAUAAAGAGUUCCACUUGAUUAGGAACACUUGUUAUUGUUAUUAUUACUAUUACUCUUAGCUUCUUCUUUUAAGUGUUAUUCCCUCUGUCCUAGAAUACUUAACACAUUUUCCAUUUUCGUCCGCCCCAAAAUACUUGACACAUUACUAAAUAUAGAAAGGGACCACUAAUAAAAAAAUAUUUUCCUAUACUCUCUUUGGGACCACAAACCCCAAAACCCAAUUAAAUCCUACAUUUUCUCUUUACUCACUACCCCCACCUCCUCCACUUUUUUUUUCCUUACAGUAUAGAAAUACAAAAGAGAAUCCUUUAUAUAAUGGUUUUUUCAUGAAAUACCCCUGAAUUAUCACUUAAUUCACCAUAUACCCAUCAAAAAUUUCAAAUUCACCAUAUACCCAUAAGUUUCAUGAAAAUAUCACUAAAUGCCCUUAAUGACUAAUGGCGUUAACUCCGUUAGUCAUUAUAGUUAAUUGUGCCAGGUGGCAAUCUAUGACUGGUUCUUAUUUAAUUUAAUUAACGGAUUUUUCACCAAAUACCACUGAGUUAUUGCAAAAUUCACCAUAUACCACACAAAAUUUUCUAAUUCACCAUAUAGCACUGAGUUUAUGUACAUUAACACAGAAUGCCAUUUUUUCUAACUGCCGUUAACGCCGUUAGUAAUUAAGGUCAAUUUUGCCACGUGGCAGCUUGUAAUUGGUUCUUAUUAAUAUUAUUUAAUUACUUAAAUAAAAAAUUAAAAAAAAAAAACAACCACCUUUUCUCUCUCCUUUGACCGAACACCAAGACCACCACCAACGCCCAAACCCAACUACCCAAAGGCGUGGCACCCUAGCCACCACCCUGUCUCAACAACCCCUGUCGGCGCGGAAUCAGACCAGAACCCCGGCGCCGGUACGAAAACCAUCCAGAACCCCUGCGCUCCUCCCCUUCCCUUGAACCACCGUUCCGGAAUACUAAAAACCCAUAUCUCCCUCGAAAAACCCUCCCCUAAUCAUCGGCCAGUGCCCAAACCCCUGUCCCCCGUGUCGGCGAACUCAAAUUCCCCUCUCUCAGUCACUACCGCCCAGUUUAAUUGAAAAUAACCACCCCAAAACCCUAAAACCCCAAAAUCGAAACCCUAGAUUUUUGUUUUAGGGUUUCGAGGUGGUGAUUCAGGGGAGGAGGAGGAGGCUGGAGGUGGCAAGGGUAGGGCUGAAUUAGGUUUGCCGGCAUUUGGCAGGGGGUUUGGACGGCCGACGGGUUGGGAGGGAGGCUUUUCGAGGGAGGGAUGGGGAUUUUGAUUGAGAUGAUGGUGAUUUUGGGAAAGAGGAAGACGCCGACGGGAGGUUCCAGGUUAGGGUGGCACCGGCACGAGGUUUAGGGCUGGAAGUGCCGGCGUGGGGAGGCCGGGGGUUGGGGGCAUGGUGGGUGGCUGGGUUGCGAUGUGGUGGUUUGUUUUUUUUUUUAAUUUUUUAUUUAAGUAACUAAAUAAUAUUAAUAAGAACCAAUUACAAGCUGCCACGUGGCACAAUUAACCUUAAUUACUAACGGCGUUAACGGCAGAUAAAAAAAAUGGCAUUCUGUGUUAAUGUACAUAAACUCAGUGCUAUAUGGUGAAUUAGAAAAUUUUGUGUCUUAUAUGGUGAAUUUUGCAAUUACUCAGUGGUAUUUGGUGAAAAAACCGUUUAAUUAAUUUAAAAAAUCUUUUAAAAAAUUAUUAAAAAAGUAAACCCAAAGCUCAGCCACCUUCACCGCGCCCUCACACCGGCAACUAGCCCAGCCUUGUCGACAACCGGCGCCCUGACCCCCUUCCUCCGCGUCGGCGUCGUCCCUCCCUAGCCUUGCCGCCAAUGCCAUUCCCCCUUCCCCUUGAACCACCACGUAUUUUCCCUCCCUUUCCCGUCCUCUUACCUCCUUGAAGCACCUUCUCCUUGCUAUAAAUUUCAUAAAUCUGACAAAUCUAACACCAGAAAAACAAUAGACACAAUUGUGAAAAUUCAGCAAAAAAAAAAAAAAAAUGCAUUUACUUUUUCGAGCCUUGAUAUUAGUUGAAUGAAAUGCAUUUACAAAUCCUAAUUGACUUCGAACCUUGAUAUUAGUUUUACGGUAAAAUAAAAAGAUUUAAUAUAACCAACAUUUUCGAGCGAUCCUCCAAUGUUGUAAAAAGAAGGAAGAUCGUUUGGCGCUAGAGCUAAAAGCGGAGGCGAAGGAACAACCGCAGCUUUUGCCACUGAUUUAGCAAGUAAGCAAAGUUAAUUUCGGUCGAAAAUCCCAGGAAAAAUUGCAAGAAAUUAAGGAAUUUUAGAUUGAAUGCCGGUAAUUUGUGAUAACAAUUGGUUCUCAUUGUCUGGGAAUCUGGGAUGAUAGUUAAGAGGGAAGGGGGGACGACACCGGUAGCGGGGGUUGGGGUUGGGAGAAGGGGAAGCGCCGGUGCGGAAGGAGGGGGUAUGGGCGUCGAUCGUCGGGGUAUGGGGUGAAGGGGUGCGAUGAGGGUGGCUGGGCUUUGGGUGUUUGAGGUUUUUUUCUUACAGUACACUUUUAAAAUAAUUUUAUUAAGGGUUUUUUUAAUUAAUUAAUUAAUUUAAAUAAGAACCAAUAAGAGGCUGACAAGUGGCACAAUUAACUUUAAUAACUAAUGGAGUUGACGGAAAAGGUAUUUCGUGAUAUUUUUGUGAAACUUAUGGAUAUAUGGUGAAUUUGAAAAUUUUGAUGGGUAUAUGGUGAAUUAAGUAAUAACUCAGGGGUAUUUCGUGAAAAAACCGUUUAUAUAAUAAACAAAUGUUUUAAAUGAAUCCACUUAUUAUUUUCUUAAACUACAUGUCCACCCCAACGUCCCAAGUAUUUUGGGACAGAGGGAUCGGAGUACAUUGAAUUUUUUUUCCACUAUUCACUUUAUCUAAUUUGAAUUUUUGACCAAUUAAUCAAUGAUAGUGAUUAUACAUAUGAAACAAUACAUGUGUGUAUAGUACUGUUGGAAUUGUCUAAUGAAUAUUUUAUUAAUAUUCAAUUGUUAUACUUUAUACUUAUUGAUGAUAAUAUAUUAUUGGUCAAAUUUCUACAUCGACUUAGACGAAGAUUGACCCGACCCGAAUUGACUCGACCCGAAUUUGACCUGACCCAAAUUUGACUUGACCCAAACUUGACCUGACAAAUGGACCCGAAGACUGACCCUACCCAAAUUGACCCGACCCGAACUCAACUCGAAGUGUUAACCCGAUAUCCGACCCGACUCGACCUAAAUUACCAUUGACCUGAAACCCGAAUUGACCUGACCCGAACUCGAACCCGACCCGAAAUUAACCCGACCCGAACUGACCCGACAUAUACCCGACCCGAAUGACCCGUUUUCUAGGUCUAGAUAUGAGCACUCUCAAAUCCUCAAUUCUAGUCCAUAAAUGCCAAUCUCAAAAGUUAAUACUACCUAUGUGUCACGGUCCGAGUGUUUUGACACCAGAUCGGGCGGCGCGUUCUUGUCUGCUGGCGACAAGGACGCAAGUCUAGAGAGAAAAGGGUAUGUAAGCACACAGCCACACAGCAACACGGACCAAGUGUAUCUCAAGGAAGCACACGUCUACAACGAGUGCGGAGUCGGGGCUUGUGACGACCGAUAUUUCGAAGCGGGCACAAGCGGGACCGACGACUACGAGGGCGUCUUUUGAGGUUAUCUUGGUUUGGAGGGGAUGCUUUAAAAUAAGGCGAGCACAAUAUCUAUAAAGGCUUAAAUCAACACACAAGUCUUAAAACAAUAUGCAACCGGGUAGGGAGCUUUGAUUCCUUCAACCAUUCGCUGCUUUAUAUUGAUUAGAUAGAGAAAUAUUAGUGAACACUGAAAUUACACUAACACAAUAGUUCUCCCUAGAGCCUAGAAAGUAAAAAAGAAAGGCUUAAAAGACAAUACAUAAGGAAAAUAUAAGGGAAAAGAAAGGGGAUACAUGGAGAAAGAGGCGGAUUCUAACAACCUCCCCCACUUAAGCCGUCGACGACCUCGUCGACUUACAAGACAAAACAUACACUUAAAAGGAAAGAACUAGCACCUUCAGUCUUCUGUCGCAGGAGUGGCUCCUGUCUUGGUUUUGAUGUUGGCGCGGUUGAUGAUGUUGCGGUUGUUGUCUUCUGCAUCUGGAUGAUAAGGUUUGAGCCGACUAAUGUGGAAGACGGAGUGUAUCUUCAUCCACGCAGGCAGUUCAACCUUAUAUGCAUUCUUCCCAAUCCGUUUAGUGAUGCGGAUAGGGCCUUCAUAUUUUCUAAUUAGCCUACGAUCCCUUCCUCUAAGGAACUUGAGCUGUUCCGGCAAGGCUUUUACCAUCACCAUGUCCCCUACAUCAAAUUCCAGCGGCCUUGUCGGCCCACUUCUUCAUUCUCUUCGCUGCCCGCUCCAAGUAAGCACGAGCAACUUCCAUGUUUUGUUGCCACUCUCUCUUAAAAUCCCUUGCUUCGCGGCUUCUCCCCUCUUCGGAUGUUGUUAUGGUGUGAGGCAGGAGAGGUUGUUGGCCCAUCACCAACUCAAACGGGCUUCUUUGGAUGCAAUACUCUUUUGGGCGUUGAAGCAAAGUUGGGCAACAUCAAGGAGUUUCACCCAGUCUUGAUUGUUGAUUGGCGCUGGCGAAAUGUCUCAAGUAUUCAUCUAAGAGACCGUUGAAUCUCUCUGGAUUUUCAUUAGAUUGGGGGUGGUGACUUAAAGACAUGUUUAAGUUCGACCCCAUCAGUUUGAACAAUUCCAUCCAAAAUAUGCUUGUGAAUCUUGUAUCUCUAUCGCUGACAAUGCUUUGGGGAAAACCCCAAUAUUUCACAAUGUGUUUAAAGAACAAUGUCGCCGUCUCCUCAGCACCACAAGCCUUCUGCAGGGGAACAAAGGUGGCACAUUUUGAUAAUCUGUUGAUCACCACCAUUACCGCUAAAUAUCGAUCCACCUUGGGUAGACUGCUGAUGAAGUCCAUAUAUAUGCUUUCCCACGGACGUGUUGGCACGGGAAGAGGAUUUAAGAGACCUUCAGGUUUAUGACGAUCCACUUUGUCCUAUUGACAAACCAAGGAGGUCUAAGUGUAACUGAUGACAUCUUCUUUCAUUCCCGGCCAAUAAUACCCUAUGGAGAGUAAGCUUAGAGUUCUCUGCCAACCUGGGUACCCGGCCCAUAGGGUAUCAUGGCAUUCUUUCAAGAGCAUCUUCCGUAGGCCUCUCGCCUUCGCUAUGAAUAGCUUGUUGCCCUUGGUGUAAAUGAGCCCAUCGUCCAUCCAGAAGCGUCUUGUCUUCCCCUCUUCUAUCAACCCUUUGAUGGUUCUCAUCAUGGGGUCCUCAAGGAGGUGCCGCUUAACCUGUUCUUUUACUGAGGUCGAAACGUUGCUGGAGGUCAAAGGGGACAAUCUUUGCACUGAAGCCAAGUCGGCGCGCCGACUCAAAGCAUCGGCCACUCGGUUGCUAGCUCUUGUUUUGUAUGUGAACUCUACAUCAAAAUCGGCAAGCACUUCUUGCCACCGUGCUUGUUUCCCGGUCAACUUCGGUUGAGUAAGGAAGUGAUUUGCUGCAAUGUUAUCUGUGCGAACAAAGAACUUGGCCCCCUGCAGAUAGUGCCUCCACCCUCUCAAGCAGUGGACAAUAGCAAGUAGUUCUUUUUCUUGAGUAGCAUAUCUUCUAUCUGCGCCACUUAGUUUCCGACUCUCGUAUGCGACAAGGUGGCCUUCUUGUAAGAGAACCCCGCCCAGCGCAAAAUCUAAUGCAUCUGUUUCCACUUCAAAUGGUUUGUUGGUAUUCCUUAAGCUCAAGGAAAGCUCCUUGCUGCUCGUCUGCCCAACUCCAUUUCCUCUCCUUCUUCAACAAGUCUGUAAGGGGACUUGUGACGAUAGUAAUUAGCUAGCCCUAAGAACGAUCUUAACUCUGAAACGUUCUUUGGUGCUUGCUAAUCGCUGAUAGCCUUGAUUUUCUUUGGAUCCAUUAUGAUGCGACCUCCGUCCACAAAAUGUCCAAGGAAGUUCACUUCUUUUUGUGCAAAAGCACAUUUCUCUUGCUUCACGAAUAAAUGAUGUUGUCUCAAUUUCAAAAACACCUUCCUCAAGUGGUCCAGGUGGUCUUCUAGAGUGCGACUAAAGAUUAUGAUGUCAUCCAAGUAUACCACUACAAACUUGUUGAGGUACUCGUGGAAGACCUGGUUCAUCAACGUGCAAAAUGUUGCUGGAGCAUUCGUUAACCCAAACGGCAUGACUAACCACUCAGAAGCCCCAUAUCUGGUGACGCAGGCCGUCUUUUGCUCGUCUCCUUGAGCAAUUCGAACUUGAUGAUAACCCAACCUUUAAUCCAGUUUGGUGAAAUAAAUAACAUCUCCCAGUUGGUCGAAUAAAUCGGCCACCAAAGGUAUGGGGUAGUGAUUUCUCACCGUCAGCUUGUUUAAAGCCCGAUAAUCGAUGCAUGAUCUCAAACUCCCAUCUUGUUUCUUCUGGAAAAGAACUGGUGCACCAUAUGGCGCUCUAGAAGGUCGAAUGAACCCGGCUUCAAGUCACUCAUCCAGCUGUCUGGGCAGCUCAGUUAGCUCAAGAGGUGCCAUUCGGUAGGGGCUCCGCGCGGGAGGUCUAGAUCUUGGCACCAACUCUAUAGUGUGAUCAAUGGCUCUCCGGGGAAGGAGUGCUUUCGGAAGCCCCUUUGGAAGAAGGUCGGCAAAUUCUUCAAGCAACCCUUCCAUGGCAAGAGGGAGAUCGCUCCCCGUCUCAUCUUCCUUCACUGAGAGAUUAGCGAGGAUUGUUGGCUCAUUCCUCUUCAUUCCCUUCUGAAGUUGCAUCACAUACAAGAGAGGUCCUUUCUGGCCUUUUCCUUUUUUAAUUUGCGGGCACGUCCAUAAGAGGCAAGGAUGGUUGCUGGCAACAAGUAAGGAACCCAGGUGGGGCAUCGAAACAGCUUUGCUAACAUGGAGGAAAUCCAUUCCCAGUACCAUCUCAAAAUCAUCCAUUGUUGCCACGGUGAAGUUGAGUGUCCCACUCCAGUCUCCAAUCUUGACCUCCACGUUCUUUGUGAUACCAUGGAUCGGGCGAGCUUUUGAGUUAAUAACUUUCAUGCAGCCUCCGCCCCGCACCACUUUCAACCCCAGUUGGUUAGCAAUAUCUUCGGUGAUGAAGUUGUGGGUGACUCCAGUGUCAACCAUUGCUCGAACAUUCUUCCCAUUAAUCCACACUUCCACGUACAUCAGUUCAUUUGAUGGAUGUUUAUCUUCCGACAUCUCUGUUCCCAUGGCGUACAUAAAGUGUACCAAACUCAACUUUGAGGGUUCUUCCUCGCUAUUCUCCUCUUCCUCCUUAUUCUUUACUUUGUCAUGUUCGAUGGACAUCGAGGAGAGUUUCUUCUGAAGAUUGUCGAUUUCUCCCUUGUGUCGGCACUCGAACCAUUUGUGAGGUCCGCGACAAAGUAUACAAGUGAGGGGCUUAUUCCAUGAGGAGGAGCUGGAGGCCACACCUUUGUUGGUCGACGCGAAAGCUCCAUUCCUUCGAGAGUCAUCUCCUCCACUCUUGUAUCUUCUCCCCACACUGUUCGAACUGACUUGGGAGUUCCCGGUGGUGCUCUUUAGGGUACUUGAUGCUGACCCACUAGUCCCUAUCUUCUAGUUUAAUCCCUUGUCCAACGUAAUCCAUCGACCUUUCAGCUACGGCUAUAGCCCCCGACAAGGUGUCUAUCUUCUGGCGCCAAAUCUCCCUCUGGGCCCAAUCUUUCAAACCCCAGACAAAGUUAAACAGACCAUCCUUCUCAGACAUGUCAUGGAUCUCUAACAUGCACGCAGAGUACUCUUUAACAUAUUCCCGAAUAGAGUUCUUAUGUUGUAAGGUUGCCAAUUUUGUAAGGGCCACAAACUCAGUGUUUUCUGGGUAGAAUUGUUCCAUUAGUUCCUUCUUUAGGUCUUCCCAAGUAUCUACCGACAUCCUUUUAGCUUGAAUGUCGGCGUACUUGGUGCGCCACCACAAUUUAGCAUCGUCCACCAAAUGCAUUGUGGCAGUAUCUACCUUUAGCUCGUCCUCCAACUGACAUAUGUGGAAGUAUUGUUCCAUGUCAAGAUGAAGUUAUCAACUUCUUUUAUCUAGUGCCAUUAAAGAUUUGAGGCUUGGGGGGUUUUAUCUUGGCACCUCCACUUCCCCCGAGCCCUCUUUAGGCAUGCAUCAAGGUAGCACAUUUAUCUAGUGCAUCGUCAGCCAAUCCUUGCAAGCAAUUGAGCUGCUCUGUCAACCCAUCCACCAUCGACAUAAGCUUCUCCAUCUGCUCGGCUUGCUUUAUCACAAUAUCUUCAAGUUUGGGCAUCCUUUCUUCAAGCAUAGCCCAUUGUUCCGACUUGCCUUCAAGCCAGGCAAGUCGUUUCCCACGUAUAUUCAGGCAUCUCUACGUUCGCCAUUUCUAGAGCAACCCGGCUCUGAUACCAACUAUCACGGUCCAAGUGUUUUGACACCGGAUCGUGCGACGCGUUCUUGUCUUUUGGCGACAAGGACGCAAGCCUAGAGCGGAAAGGGUACGUGAGCACACAACAACACGGACCAAGUGUAUCUCAAGGAAGCACACAUCUACAACGAGUGCGGAGUCAGGGCUUGUGACGAUCGAUAUUUCGAAGCGAGCACAAGCGGAAUCGAUGACUACGAGGGCGUCUUUUGAGGUUAUCUUGGUUUGGAGGGGAUGCUUUAAAACAAGGCAAGUACAAUAUCUAUAAAGGCUUAAAUCAACACACAAGUCUUAAAGCAAUAUGCAACUGGGUAGGGAGUUUUGAUUCAUUCAACCAUCCGCUCCCUAAAGAGCUUUAUAUUGAUUAGAUAGAGAAAUACUAGUGAACACUGAAAUUAUAGUAACACAAUAAUUCUCCCUAGAGCCUAGAAAGUAAAAAAAAAAAAAAAAAAAAAAGACUUAAAAGACAAUACAUAAGGAAAACAUAAGGGAAAAGAAAGGGGAUACAUGGAGAAAGAGGCGGAUUCUAACGCUAUGUCAGUAGAUGCAAACUUUGGCCUAAACCAGGGUUAAAAAAGCUUAACUAAAGAAACAAAGAAACCAGACCUAACUAUUUACUAAGAUAAAAGGAUUAAAAAUAAAAAAAAAUAAAAAAAAAUCAGACCUAACUAAUUACACAAGGCCAUUGGUUUGUUCCUUGCGUCAAAGAUAGAGAGAAGAGGUAGGGAGUUAUUUGACUUCUGCACCCAUCGGCACCUUAAAGGAGAUCCUGCUUGCAAGAAGCUGUGCUGCUGCAGUUUGCUGUCUAAUUAAUUUUCGGUAAAAGUUAAUUUACUUUUGACAGGUCAACUACAAAGAUUUUUAGUAUGAGGAGUACAUUUCACCUGCUGCUGGAAAUAAUGUUCUUCCUUGUGCAUGCCACAUUCUCCUUCAUGGUUGUCUCCUAGAGAGUGGUUUAUAUUCUGGAUUGAGCUCUUUUUACCUUGGAACGUUAAGCGGAAACAAAAUAUAACACACACUGGGUGCAAUAAAUUAGUUGCUGAAAUUGGAAACUCUAGGAAGAGCAUCAAAAACUUUGAAACUGUGGAAAGAUUAAUGUUUCAUCCUUUUCUCACAUCUCUAAAGGAAUGCAUUAGUCAUGGUGAUCUUGGUAAAGCAUUUAGAGCCUUCUCUUUGAUCCAGCUUCAUGUCACUGCUUCUGUUGCUCAUGAUCAAAUCUUAGAGUCAAUAUCUUCCCUACUUAUAGCUUGUUCAAAACACAAGUUGCUUCAACAGGGUAGGCAGCUCCAUUCCCAGAUCAUAUGUUUGGGUCUUGAUCAACAUAGUCUAUUACUGCCUAAGCUUGUCACUUUUUACUCAACUUUUAAUAUAUUGCCCGAGGCACAUUUGAUAGCUGAAAAAUCUAGUGUUUUGGAUCCUUUGGUUUGGAAUAUCCUUAUAUCUGCAUAUGUAAGAAAUGGACUCUCGAAUAAAGCUCUAUGUACUUACAGUCAAAUGUUGAAAUUUGGGAUCACACCAGAUGAAUUUACUUAUCCAUCUGUGCUAAAGGCAUGUGGUGAACAAUUAGAUCUUGGUUUUGGUAAGGAAGUCCAUAGCUCCAUUUUGGUCAGCAAUUAUGGGGAGUCAAUUUGUGUUCAAAAUGCAUUGAUCUCCAUGUAUGGUAAAUGUGGCGACGUUGGCGUUGCUCGUGUCCUGUUCGAUAACUUGCCCAAUAAGGAUGGAUAUUCAUGGAAUUCUAUGAUAUCUGGAUAUGCUUCCAAGGGUAUGUGGGAAGAAGCAUUUGUGCUGUUUAUGAAGAUGCGGCUUGAGGGUGUUGAAUUGAACAUUAUAACAUGGAACACCAUUAUUGGUGGGUGUUUGCGAACUGGAAACUAUGUUAGAGCACUUGGUUUGGUUUCUCAAAUGAGAACUUGUGCUGUUAAGUUGGAUGCUGUUUCAAUGGCCAGUGGGUUGAGCGCUUGCUCUCACAUAGGAGCUAUAAAAGCAGGGAAAGAGAUGCAUGCUUUUACUAUCCGUGGUGGUUGUGCAAAUUUUCUAAAUGUUCAGAAUGCAUUAAUUACCAUGUAUGCCUGGUGUCAAGACCACAGACAUGCACAUAUUAUAUUCCAACAGAUGGAAGAAAAGGAUAUAAUUUCUUGGAAUUCAAUAAUCUCAGGUUAUGCACAUUAUGGAAAAUAUGAAGAAGCCUCCUUUCUCUUUAGGGAUAUGUUGCUUUGUGGCUUUAGACCAAAUUAUGUUACUGUAGCCAGCAUUCUUCCCUUGUGUGCUCGAGAAGCUAAUCUGCAACAUGGAAAAGAACUCCACUGCUUCAUCAUCAAGCGUCAAGAUUUCAGUGAGUAUUUGCUAUUAUGGAAUGCCCUGGUGGAGAUGUAUGCAAGAACAUCAAGGAUUUCAGAGGCUCAAACAGUGUUUAAUUUUUUGACUAGGAAGGAUAUUGUUACAUAUACUUCUUUAAUAACUGGCUAUGGUAUUCUAGGAGAGGGAGAAGUUGCAUUGAAACUGUUUGAAGAGAUGAAUAGUUCUGGAAUCAAACCUGAUCUUAUUAGUUUGGUUGCGGUAUUGUCAGCAUGUAGCCACUCCGGUCUUGUGAUUAAGGGUCAGUUGCUGUUUGAAAAAAUGUGGAGUGUGUAUGGCAUAAGACCCUGUUUGGAACACUAUGCAUGCAUGGUGGACCUCUUUGGUAGGGCUGGGUUGCUUAAGAAAGCAGAAGAGAUCAUUAGAACAAUGCCUUUUGAACCAAGUGCUGAUAUGUGAGCUACUCUAAUCGGGGCAUGUCAAAUCCAUCGGAACAUAGACUUAGGAGAGUGGGCAGCUGAGAAACUGUUGGCAUUAAGGCCCAGAAAUCCAGGGUACUAUGUGUUAAUUGCUAAUACGUAUGCUGCUGCUAGUUGUUGGGACAAACUGGCAAGAGUUCGAACAUAUAUGAGGGACUUAGGGUUGCUUAAGUCCCCAGGUUGUGCUUGGGUUGAUUUAGGAAGUGGUUUCGAACCUUUCUUGGUAGGGGAUUCAUCCAUGGAACUAUCACAUGAGAUAUAUCCCAUACUGGAAGGAUUAACUGAGAAUAUGAAAGAUGCUGGAUAUGUUGAUGUAUUUGUUAUAGAUUAUGAGGGUUUUGAGGAGUAAGGUGGAAGUAUUACUAGUGUCAAAAUUUACCAAUCAGUUGCGAUAUUGAUGGAGCUAUCUGGUGCUCAAGCUGGGGAGACAAAUCAUCAUUUGAUAACUGCUUUUGAUCAUUACUCUCCGUAUGAGACAAUUUUAACUAAAUGUAUCCCAUAAUCCCAUCCUUGUGCUUUAACUUUUGUUAGAGACAAUUUAAAUGGGCUUCAGUAUGUUUAUAACCUGGUUCACAAUGAUGUUUUGCAGUCGCACAGAAAACAUUCAAUAAAUGUUGCAUCAGAGAUGGAUUGCAAUACUUCAUUCUUUUACAGAGAUUAUAGGCAAAUUGUUGUCAGCAAAUAUGGUAUAUCAUGGAGCAGCGCCAAUGCCAAAGUUCUUUGUGCUAGUAAUGCUGCAGGGUUGGCUCCCUGGACCGUGGGAGAAGAUGCGGUGCCAGUCCUAUUUGAUAAAAUCAAUGGCCUGUGCUCACGAUUGGUCUGCAGAUGCUUCCAAGGGGUUUUUCUACCACUAUGGCACUAUCCACCCAGGCUGAAGAACAUGUUUAAAGUCCCAAUACCAGAUUUUGCUUCCUGGAUAUGGCAUGGGUGGUAUGUAUGACAACUGACAAGUGUUUUAACACACACUUGAAGUUUUUUACAAAUAUACUCCCAAUAACAAGUAUAUAUCUGAGAUUUUUAUGGUGGAAAUUUUUUCAAGUUGGAUUGAAAAUUGCCAAGGACUCUAC